CGUCGAAACACCAUUCGCCAGGACCUCCGAUCGCGUCCCAUCCGCCGCCUUUUCGUAGACGAGCUCUACAAUCAAUUGGUUCCUCCUCUAACUUCUUCAGGUUUUGAUGGUGACUUUUGUAUCGAUCCUCCCAUGGAGCGACGUAUCGAGUAUGAGCGCCGAGCUCUAUUGACACUAGAACAGUUUGACUUGAUUGUUGAUUUGCUAGAUGAGGCCUUACGUCAUGAGAUGCAGUCCGAAGAGUGCGGUAUUGCGCCUACAGUCCUUGAGCUUGGCACUCGUUUCUGCACCCAACUGAAUAAUCUUCGUUAUUAUGCAAAUAUGACGCAUCAGCUUCAACGCCACGCAAUUUGGGAGCAGAUGACCUUUUGGGAAAACCAGUUCAAUGAACAAGUUAAUAGUCAAAUUCGCCAAAUGUACCUCCACUUUUCUGAACAGAAAUAUGAUUCUAAUCUGAUUAACCCAUCCUCGGUUGUAGAAUAUGCAGGUAGGUCUUCUCAUUUUCACCAUUGUUGUUUUUUCCAUGCCAUUUAUAUAUAUUUUAUCAUUUAA